CCGCGACUUGCACCAUCACACGCUGCCGCUCGUGCCGAGGCCCCCCCCCAAUCGACAUCGAACCCGCUGCAGCCCUUCCCCACCAUGGCUAGCAAGACCUCGCGCUGGGCCGUUAGCGAGGAGGACUCGGCCAGAGCAAAGCAGGAGCGCGAGACCAAACGCCGCCUCAAGGCCGAGAAGGCGGUGCAACGCAAGGCCGAGGAAGCCGCCCGAGCCACGUCACAGCCAGGGCCCGCACCUGACCACCUUCCUGCUGACCCUGGAAGCGCCGGCCGCGGCGACGGGCCCCCGGCGAAGCGGCGUCGCCUCACCCCAGCCCCCGACGGCGGCGACGGCAACAACGAGAGCGAGGGGGACGGCGGCGCCCACAAGCUGCUGCGCGCGCCCGUCCGCAACUUCAGUCGGUGCGGCAGCGUCGAGGGCUUCGACAAGCUGAACGACAUUGAGGAGGGCGCCUACGGAUGGGUGGCAAGAGCCAAGGAGCUGAAGACGGGCAAGAUUGUCGCGCUCAAGAGGCUAAAGGUCGAUGCCAACAACCGGAGCGGCCUCCCCGUUACGGGCCUUCGCGAGAUUCAGAUACUGAGAGAUUGCAACCACCGGAAUGUGGUGACGAUACACGAUGUCGUGGUGGGGGAAGAUACGAGCAGGAUAGAAAACAUCUUCCUGGUGCUCGAAUUCCUAGAACAUGACCUCAAGAGCGUGCUGGAGGACAUGCCAGAGCCCUUCCUGGCCUCGGAGAUCAAGACGCUCCUGAUACAGCUGGCGUCAGGCGUCAGCUACCUCCACGACAACUUCAUCCUGCACCGCGACCUCAAGACGUCCAACCUCCUGAUGAACAACCGCGGGCAGCUCAAGAUAGCGGACUUUGGCAUGGCCAGGUACGUCGGCGACCCGCCCCCCAGGCUCACGCAGCUGGUGGUGACGCUGUGGUACCGCGCGCCCGAGCUGCUGCUGGGCACGGCCAGCUACGGCCAGGCCGUCGACAUGUGGAGCGUCGGCUGCAUCUUCGGCGAGCUCCUCACGCGCGAACCCCUGCUCCAGGGCAAGAACGAGGUGGACGAGCUCACAAAGAUCUUUGAGCUGUGCGGCGUCCCGACAGAGGACACGUGGCCGGGCUUCCGCCGCCUGCCCAACGCCCGGUCCCUGCGCCUGCCUCCGGCCUCCCUGCCCACCGGCUCCCUGAUACGGGCCAAGUUCCCGCUGCUCACCGCGGCCGGCAGCGCCCUGCUCUCGGGCCUGCUCUCGCUCAACCCGGCCAGGAGGCUGACGGCGAAGGACAUGUUGACGCACGAUUACUUUAAGCAGGACCCGAAGCCGAAGCGGGAGACCAUGUUCCCGACCUUCCCCAGCAAGGCCGGCCUGGAGAGGCGGAGGCGCCGCGACACGCCCAACGCCCCUGUCCGGGGCCGCCAGGUCGCAGACCUGGGCGAUGUAGACUUUAGCGGCAUCUUUGCGAGGCGUGAGCGCGAAGAAAAAGGUGGCGGCUUCUCGCUUCGAAUGGUAUAAACUGAAGCCAUCUUGGACAUGCAUAUUGACACGGGCAAACCUUCACGCCCGCGUUCGGAUUUCCAAAGAGACGGGGGCGAGUGAGAGGGGUACAAGAUUGCCUCUUGAUUCCUUGUAAUUCUCGAUUCUUAAGUUGCUCGCUCAUCGUCAUCAUUAUAACAGUACCGAAAAAGGACCAAACCACGAAUCCCCCCGAUUUCUUUUUAGCGAGUGGACUGGUUGCCCCGGCGGCAUCUCUGCGCCGACCAUCUCCACCAUCGUUGCCGCAAAUGCAAGUUAUAUACCCGGUGACAUCUCUUCUGAAAGCCAAACAUGAUAGCUGAGAAAGUGCCGAAAACGCCGCCCACGUGAAUCAAGAAGCUCCCGGGUAGAUAUCACUCCUCGUUCGCUCUCCCCCUGAUGUUUUGGUGUGUUCCGUGAAAAAAAACAUGUAUAUGAAAACCGACGUGAAAAGACGGAAGACGGAAGUUGAGGCGGGAUGCAGAUAGAGAAAAGGGGGGAAGGGGAUUAUUGAUUAUAUAGUGAAACAUGCCAUGAUGGUCGUCAGACUGCAUA